CCGACAACCUCCGCUAAACCGCUUGCUCUACUCAUCUCCGCUUCUGCUAUUACAAGCAAUCUAAAGGCCCCCUCCAGCAGGCGUCGCAAGAAAGAUGGCGGAAGCUCCCAAGCCCAGCAGCAGCGUCAAGCUGGUGCUCCUCGGCGAAGCCGCCGUUGGAAAGUCAUCCCUCGUCUUGCGAUUCGUCAACAACGACUUUCAGGAAAACAAAGAGCCGACCAUUGGAGCUGCCUUCCUGACGCAAAAGUGCAAUCUGCCCACGCGGACCAUCAAGUUUGAGAUUUGGGAUACCGCCGGCCAGGAGCGGUUCGCCUCGCUGGCCCCCAUGUACUACCGGAAUGCCCAGGCCGCCCUUGUCGUCUACGACAUCACCAAGCCCACAUCCCUCGUCAAGGCCCGACACUGGGUCGCCGAGCUGCAGCGACAGGCCUCGCCUGGCAUCGUCAUCGCCCUGGUGGGAAACAAGCUGGAUCUGGCGGGCGAGUCGCAGGGUGCGAGUGAGGAAGCCGAGGGCGAGGACGGCGGCGAUGCCCGCAAGGUGUCGACGGAGGAGGCCCAGUCAUAUGCCGAAGAGGAGAGCCUGUUAUUCUUCGAGACGAGUGCCAAGACGGGCCACAACGUCACCGAGGUCUUCACAGCCAUUGCAAAUGCGAUCCCCGAGACGUCGCUCAAGAGCGCCCGAGGACCCGGCGCAGCAGGCAAUGCGAACCGGGCUGGAGACGAGCAGCGGGUCAACCUGUCAGGGCCGAGGGAUGCGGGCGCCAAGGAUGGAUGUGCCUGCUAGAUGGGAGAGACAGUUUGGUUCGAGAAACACGAUACAAGCAUCAUGCCGUCGGUUGCCGUUGCUGCUACUGCGCCGCCUGCCAGACGAGAUUCGGGGUCUGUUGUGGCAUGUCAUUCGGGAGUCAGAGUUCUUUGCGUUCCGGGAGUCAUUUGCGUUGUUAUAGUUUUGAGUGCGCCAUGUCGUUUAUUAUCUAGACGUCU